AUGUCUGAUGUAGGUGCCCUUUUAGCAAGGGAGUACAAUGUGGCUGCCGAAAGAUGCGACUUUUUCCUAGAAGACGGUUCAUUUGACUCAGUGAUAGCGGUAUUACCAGCGCUAAAUCAGAAACAAGAGACUGUAACUCAAAAAAUUAGCAAGAACGGAAAAGAACUACUCAAUGUGGCCUCGGUAAAUAUUGAUAUACCAGAGCGUAUAAGCCUUUCUAAUGACAGAAAGCAAUCAUCUAAAUUUAUUGUCGAUAUAGAAAUCUUACCUUGUGAAAAUGAUAAGGAGGCAAUACUUGUUGUUUCAUCAGAUUCCGUAUCCUUAUUUCAAAUCGGGUUUCAAAUAGAGAACGAUUCAAAAUUUGCUGUUGACAAACAACUUCCACUGAUCUUAGAUAUAUGUGCUCAUAAAAGUCAAGAAAAGACCCUGAGAGAUCAGUUAGCAAAUCGUAAAUCCUUAGAAGGCAGGCCGUCAAGAAAGAGAAGGAAAAAAAAUUCAGGUGUUAACGAUCCUGAAAAAAAACUAAAAAGUCGUAUACAUGAGUUCUCUUUGUCUUACAAAGAUUUUGAAUGCUCUCCAGUCAUAUUAAGUUACAAUGAUUCUUCUUCGACAUGGAUUUUAUCCUUUACUUUGAAGUUGAAGUUCUUAAAUAAUAAAUUCAAUCGGUUUUCUCUGGAGGCUAACCAAAUAUUGGAUUUGACGUUCUCUGAUAGGAACGAGAACGAAUUUGAGCGAUAUCACAAGCAUAGUCAUAUCCAUUCAAAUUUCAUUCAAAAACAAUUUACUUCUCAAAUCUUGGAAUAUAGUAAAGAUAGGCUAUCAAAAAUCAAACCAUUCUUAUCCCAAUCUAUACCAGACCUGAAAGUCAGUCUUUUACCAUUCCAAAGAGAGAGCGUUGAGUGGAUGUUAAUCAAAGAAGGGCAUGGUUUUUCUCUUAGUGAUGCGCCUAUUGUCGUCGACGAAAUCGGGCUCAGAAAUUUUAUGAACGAAUACUAUGCGUACGGUUAUGAACUGAUUGCACGGAGCACUGAUGAGGUAGGGCCAUCUUUGUUAUGGAACAAAUUAACAGGCUAUAUUUUAACUACAGACGAUGCUGCUUAUUUGUAUAACCAAUAUAGGAAGGAAAGAUUAAGUAAUGACGAGCCAGUUCAUGCAAAAGGGGUGUUAGCGGAGGAGAUGGGGUUGGGUAAAACAAUUGAAAUUUUAUCACUAAUACUUCUAAAUAAAAGGAAAUUAAAAGACUCAAAGGUAACGUUUAUUGACGACGAAAAUAGAACAAUAACAAAAACGAAAACAACUUUGAUUAUCUGUCCCAAUGCUAUCUUAAAACAAUGGCUUGAAGAAAUCGAAUUACAUGCAAAUUCAUUAAAAUGGUAUAAUUAUAAAGGAUAUAAUGAGAUAAUGAGAAAUUGCAAAACUGUAGACGAAGCUGUUCAACAACUGUGCCAAUACGAUAUUAUAGUUACGUCGUAUAACGUUAUUGCAACAGAAGUUCAUCACGCUGAGUUUAACCGUAGCAUCAGAUCAAGAAGGUUAAAAAGCCCGAAGUAUGAUUAUUCUUCACCAUUAGCUUUGAUGCAGUUUUAUCGGAUCAUUCUGGAUGAAGUUCAAAUGCUACGUAGUUCAUCAACAUACUCUGCAAAAUGCACGAGCCUACUUCAUAGAAUACACACAUGGGGUGUCUCUGGGACCCCAAUACAGAACAUUUACAACUUUAGGAUGAUCAUGUCGUAUUUAAAGCUGCAUCCAUUCUGUGAUGAGGUUGAUUUUAUUCGGGCUCUUCAAGAAGAAAUAAAACUGAGAAAUGAGGUUAACGAUUACACCAGCAAUGAUUUGAUAUGUCAAUUAAAGGGUGUUCGGUUUUCUAUCAAAGAGUGCAUGAACAUUUUUUAUAGGUAUGACCUUUGUAUAAGGCAUUCUAAAGCCGAUGUUGCGUCUCAAAUUCAUAUCCCUCAACAACACAACUUCAUCAUUCCCCUGGAGUUUGCGCCUAUCGAGUGGGACAAUUAUCUGAAUCUUUGGAACAACUUUUUAGAGUUAAGUGGCUAUAAUUCAGAUGGCAGUGGGUCACCUCGUGUAACUAAUGCCUUCCUAAACGAAUGGUUAGCUAGACUGCGAUACAUAUGUUGCCACGCAUUAUUUCCAGAAAUUUUAAAUACCCGACAGAAGCGUCUUCAUGGGCAUUUGACAAAGAUUUCAAAUAUAGACGAUAUUUUAAUUUCUAUGCGGAUGGACGCAUUUGACAAUCUAAUUGGCUAUUACAGAGAGAGAUUCCAUUUAUCGAUCAAGCAGGCACAGUACGAACUUGAAGUUUUCAACACACCGACCAAAGCCCUUGAAUCAUUUAUAAAAAUCCGAGACGAUUUGAUAAUACACAUACGCCGAAAAUUCAACGUCGAGGAUCCGUUUGAUAAGUCGUUGAACCUUAGUGAAGAUGAAGACGGACAGAUGAACGAAAAAUUUGACGAAGAGGGAACAUUUUCUGGUGAAGAAAGUAAUAGACGACCAACUGCUGCUAAGAACCACGAUAAUCACAGCGAUGAGGAAAUAUUAUCCGACCACCUAAAGAAGAAAGGAUUACGUGCUAUGAUGAAUUUGCUGCAUGAUUGCUAUUUCUUCCUCGGUUCUGUUUAUUACAACUUGGGCUCUCGUAAGCUAGAAGAAGCUGAUGACAAGCAUCAUGAAGAGAAAACUGAAAAAUUGGUAUAUUCUGAUAUUUUUCCAAAGAAUGAAUUGGAAGAAAUUGAAAACAAUAGACUUUUAGAACAAGAAAAUUACAGAAAUGCAGAAAUUUUGAGAAAAUUAAUCCUUUCCUCUGAGGCUAGAAAAGUUGAUACGACAAUUAAAAUCGCCAGAACUAGAUUUGCUCACACUACGAGCAAUAUACCUUUACGUUUAAUGAAUAUUGAGUUUGAUCACAAAAAUGACUACUCAUCUAAUUUGGCAGUAUCCCGUUGUUUCAAGUCUUUAAGUAAAUUAAUAGAAAGAUUGAAUGAACAAACUAAAAACUUCAACGAGUUGUUGGAUGAGUUACUCCUUACCAUCUAUGAACCAGUCUACAGUACAGAGGACAAUGAUACUGGUAAUAAAAUUAUCGACAAUGAAGAAUACUCAACGUCGAUCGAUAGUCAAGAUAAAAUAUUCAGUCUUCUUGGUUGCUUGGAGAUAAUUUUACAGAAUAGGGACAAUAUUCUAACUUCAGAGUCAGAAGUUAAAAUCCCUAAGCAUUUGGUACCAGAAGGAUCAAUGAUUUCAAAAUAUCAAAAGCAGUUGUUGAACAACUUGCACUUGAUUUCAGGAACACCUUUACGAGCUAUCUUUGAUGAAGUGAAGAAUAGUAGAAUAGUAAGACGAAUAUCUUUAAACAGUGAAAGCGAAUCCUCCAUUCAAAAUUUUGAAGACUACUUACUUCAGUAUGAGAAGGAAAGUAAAAAUCUGUUCAAGUACAAUAAGCAGAUUAGAGAAUCAUUGAAAAGUCUGGGAUCAAUUUAUAAUGCCAAGACCGAGUAUUAUAGCCAGUUACAAAGAAUUUCCGAUUCUUUGGUGUCCCUGCAUUCUUUGAGCCCGCCACAACUCGGCCAUCUAACAAGAACUAUUAAUAAGUCAUUGGGCGGUACACUGGAUGCAAAAAUCAACAACACCGAAUCACGGUUAAUAUAUUUAAAGAAUCUGUCCAAGUUAAAAGACACAUUGAACGAUAAUCAAAUAUUGAGCUGCUCUAUCUGUUUGGGAGAAGUUGAAAUGGGUGCUAUUAUUAAGUGUGGGCAUUAUUUUUGCAAGAAUUGUAUCCUUACUUGGUUACGAGCUCACAGUAAAUGCCCUAUAUGCAAAAGUUUCUGUAGUGUAUCGGAGGUUUACAACUUUAAAUUCAAGAACUCAACGGAAAGGAAGGAAAAGCAAGUUCAGGAACCACAAAGGGAGGGUGCCGAUUCGUCUCAAGAUAAUUUGAAUGGAAAUUCUAUUUUAUCUAAUAUGAGCGAGGUGGAAAAAUUAUUUGGAAAUAAGUACAAGCAAUUCCAUCAAAUCAAUGAAGUUCAUCAAAUUCACAUAAAGGAAAGCUUUGGCGCUAAGAUUGAUUUCGUUAUCAAGUUAAUAUCUUAUCUGAGAUUAAAAAGUGAGCAGGAAAACGAUGAUCCGCCACAAGUUAUUCUGUACUCUCAAAAGACAGAAUAUUUAAAGGUCAUUGGCAAGGUCUUAAAAUUGUAUCACAUUGAAUAUUUGGCAUGUUUAUCCAAUACAGCCGGUGUCGGUGAGACUAUAAAUAACUUUAAACGUCAGCCUUCGGUGACUUGCCUACUCUUAAACGUGAAAACUUUAGGUGCAGGACUAAAUUUGAUCAAUGCAAAACACAUUUUCCUGCUAGAUCCUAUACUUAAUAAUAGUGAUGAGCUACAGGCCAUGGGAAGGAAUAAUCGUAUAGGACAAGAUAGAGAAACUUUUGUAUGGAACUUCAUGAUUAAAAAUACGAUUGAAGAAAACAUUCUCAGAUAUAAAUGUAUACUCGAAGAGCGCAAAAGGAAGGAAAAGUCAAAAAGAAGCGAUAAUCACGACAGUACACAAGGCGAGAGAGACGACGAAGAAAAUGAUGAUGUGAAGUUUGAGAUAAGUGUGGGCGACCAAGAAGUCAGCAAUGAACACUUAUGGAAUUGCUUUUUUCACGGCAGUGAUUAG